AUGUUAAACCUACCGGAUGAUUUGUUGGAGGAGAUACUAUGUCGAGUCCCGGCCGCAUCUCUGAAACCUUUACUAUUUAGUUGCAAAGGAUGGAACCGUUUCCUCAACGACAAGAGAUUCGCAAGUAAGCACUUCGACAAAGCCCCAAAACAGUUUCUUGUUCUCAUGGCAAGGAAAUCUAGCAUGUGUUUUAACAAAAAAGACGAAAAAUCUAGCAUGUCUUUGUUGAGCGUCAGUCUCAAUGGAGAUCCAGCUAUAACUGAGCAUAGCGUAAUGAAUCCUAGUUUUGGGAUUUCUAAAGUCUUCCACUGCGACGGCUUAUUGUUAUGCACCAACAAAAAAAACACUAGAAUAGUGGUUUGGAACCCUUGUACUGGUCAAACAAGGCUGAUCCAACACCACUCCAGUAAUGAUGGCAUGAAAAGAGUCAUAUAUACACUUGGAUCUUACAAAGACAACAACUCCGGUAAUAAUAGCUACAAGAUAUUAAGGCACAAUGGUCAUGAUGAGUUCGAAAUCUAUGAGUUUAACACUAAUGCAUGGAGGGUUGUUGACGUCACUCCAGAGUGCCUCUUAAUAGAUUCUGGCGUGUCUUUGAAGGGAAAGACUUAUUGGAUUGCUUGGGAUAAGAUUCAGGGGAACCACGUACGUCUUGGUAAGUUUUGA